AUGUUUUCAAGAAAUAGGUCCUCGAGAUCUUCACACGGCACAGCCUACACUGGUGUGAGCCAAAACACCAACAACACAAACAAGCCUAAUUCGGGAGCUUUAGCUGCUGCUUUGACGAUUGGUAAUGCUAUGAAGCAACAAAAGGGAAACCAAAGUGUUUCACGCUCACCAUCUUUUCAAUAUCAGCAGCCAAAUACUUCACAACAGAGGGUGUCAUCUUUGAACAGCUCAAAUGGAAGUCUUUUGAAAAGAGGAUCGAAAUCGAAUAUUCAGCUUCAACCACCACCGACGCAUACAGCUUCUCAAAGACGCUUUUCAAAUGGAUCUUUCUCAUCUCAGGGAUCUAAUCGAGGCAAUUCCAGCCAAGCUGCGGCUUACUAUAAUUCACACCACCCUGAAGUGUACGAUAUUGACGAUAGUUUCAAUGAUUCAUAUCUAGAUGAGAUUACUGAAGAGUCAACUCAAGUGUACUUGAACAAUAAAGCAAAAAUGCAAGAUCUUAGAUUGCCCACAGCAAAUCUGAAAUCGCAAGGUCAACCUAAAGUGGCUCCCCCAGUUCGAAUGGUCAAAAAAUAUGUACCUAGUCCCACAGGGAUCAAAAUUAUUGAGGUACCAGAAUCAACUUUCCAAAAAGAAGUGGCUAGAAGCAAUUCUAUGAGAUUGAAUCCUAUAUCAUCGAGAUCUGGUUCAUUGCGCAAUAUUGCCAACAAGAAACCCCCCUCAAGAGCAAGCUCAUUGAAUACCAGACUGCAACAGAGGCCAGCACAACAAGUGAGAAAUGUCAGCACCCCAUCAAAGAUGCAAUCAAUGAGUGAAGACGUCAAUUUGGAAGAAUCUUUGGGAAAAGUCGAUACAAACCAAGCCCAUGAAGCUAAACUAAGAGCAUUGGAGAAGGAAAUUGAACACGAAAAGCAAUUGGCAAAGGAACUCGAAGAAAAGAGAUUGGAGUAUGAAAGGUUGAGGGAGCAGAAUUUAGCAAAUGAGCGCAAACAGAAGGAAUUUGAAAAGUCGUCGACUGAAAAGAACACUAUAGAAAACAAAAAAGAAUUCUCCAGUAGUUUGGACGAUGAAUAUGUUCCUAUUAUUGAAAAAACAAAGGCUGUGGACGAGUUGGACAAGAAAAAUCUUGCUGCAGAGGAAAAGGAUGAGGAAAUAUUGAUGGUAGAUCAACAUGAAGAGCAAGCUAGUGCAAAUCUUCCUACGGAAAAGUCAGUUACCAAUACACAGAGUCACGAGGAUGAGCUAACAGACUCAUCUGAGAAUGAAGUUGUCUCUGUGGGUGAGAUUGUCGCUUCUUCUUCGAUAAGUGAUCAUUCAAGCUCUGUUGAUGGUUCAGAUAUUGAUGACAAUAUUCGUGUGGCGGUAGUUGUUGACAAUGCUGAAAAUGCACCACCUGGUUCCGAGUUGGAAAAAUUAAGUGAUAUCGAAGUAGUUAGUGACAAAGAUGAUGAAGUUGAUCCCACAAACAAAUCAAGAAACUGGGCUACCGAAGAAGCUGAUAGACUUGAUGCCACAGAGGAAAUGAAUGUUAUUGCUCAAUACGAAGACUCUAAGGAGCCUCCACUAAUUGUUGAGCCACGUUUGGCGGAUGAUGACCGCAACGCAGCUACCAUCAAUAGCAAGGUCGAAAGUGCCGACACGUUGUUGCCUCCAGCAGUUGCUACCGCGCUGAGCUCAAAAUCAUCUGUCUACUCAAAUGACUCAACAAAGAAACCAAUCAAGUCGGCAAUGAAGUCGUCAAGCUCCUUUGCACAACUUCCUCAAAAACAAGGUCCAGCGGCACCACCACAGCCAUCACAUGCAACAAUAAACAGCAAUGCCGCUAAACAAGCAUAUUUGUCAUUAACUACAGCAGAAAACACCAGGUUGAACUCACAACAUGGUGGUGGUGCGUAUCCGCUGUUUUCAACCACACCUCAAUUCCAAAAGGCACCCGCCAAGAGAUUGAGUCAACAGACAUUGAGGAGACAACAACAUCCACAGCAGCAACCACCACCAUCAUCACAAUUCAGAAUGUCAAUGAGGCCACAAUCAAUGGUUGGCCCUAUGCAGCAGCAACAUCAACCACAACGUCAACAACUGAAGGGUGUUUCCGUAUCAGAUCUUUAUGCAAAAGCACAAUCAAGGCCCUUUUCUCAAUUUCAGCCUCUGAAAAGACAAUCUUCUUUUUCAAAGGAACCCAAUGACGAUGUUCCUGCUAGAAGUCCAAAUAGAGAGCAACAUGUUCCACAACAACAACAACAACAACAACAACAACAACAACAACAACAACGUCACCAUCUACAACCACAAUCAAAACCACUGCAGCAUCAACCACAAUCACAACCACAACCACUGCAGGGGAGGACCACUUUGAGAGAUCUUCCUGGCCCUUCGAAAAAUGGGUUCAAAUCAAGAUUUAAUGACUCGGAUGAUGAUGAUGACAUGCCAGCGGCAGCACUUCCAGCAGCAGUUCUGGAUAGUUCACCAGUGGCUGCACCAUCACCAGCUGCUCAGUCAUCUCCACAAAAAAAGAAAUUGGGUGGUAAACUUAAAAAGCUAUUUAAGAGAAACUAG